AUAUUUGACAAAGGUUACCGAGCAUCAGCUUUGCCUUAUGAGUGAUGAAGAUUUAGAAAGUUUUGAUUGGAAUUUAUACAAUACCGAUGUUGAUUCAGACGACGAUAAAGGGUUUUGUGAAUUUGAAGUCAAGAAAAGUCAGGAAGUACAGGAGGACUUUAAAAUCUAUCCCGGCUUUAAGGUGGAUUUAUCUGAUAAAAUAAAAACCGAAAUACAAAAUACUCAUGAAGAUGGUGUACCCUUGCAUCCUAUUGUUGUUGAAUCUGCUACAAAUCAAUCGUUUGUUACUCGGAGAUUAAUAAGGGAGACUUCUAUUUUGCAAAAUUUCUAUUUAAGAGCCUAUGGAUCAGAAUUAUCACAAGAACUUCAGUCCAGAUUACAGGGACGACGAUUAUAUAUUGAUCGUGGAAGUAUGACGAUGAAAUCUUUGGAAAUUUUGAUUAUACAUGGAUUAAAAAUGGAGGAUGAACUUUUGAAACCAUUUCAGUUUGAAAGAAAUCUCUCGAAAAUUCCUCCUUCACGAGAAAAUAUAUUUGAUAUAAGCGAUAAAGAUUUAGAAAGUACCCGUUCAAAAUAUCCCGAUAAGGAAGGUCAAAUUGAUGAUGUAAUUAAUAAAAUCAAUUCCAAAAAUUGGAAUAAAUUGAAAAGUCGAUAUAUUUUAACUUCGACUAUUAUUUUUGAUAUAUUGGAAAUGAAUGAAGUAUCUGCAAGUCAGGUUUUUUAUGAUAUGUUCAAAGAAUCUGCAAGUCAUAAUAUGUUCAAGGAACCUGAUGAUAAAAAUCAAACACUUUUUUCACGAUUCUCUGUUAAAGGAUUUAAAGAAAUAUCGUUUAUAAAAUUUGUAUCUGACAUUAUUAAUUCCAAAAAUUUGCUUAAUAUAAAAUCUGUGCAAGACCUUAUUAAUUCCAAAAAUCUGUCAGAUAUUAAAUCUGUUCAAGAAUUGAUUCAUUUCAAAAAUCUUUCAGAUUAUACAACAUUACAAGACCUUAUGAAUCUCAAGAAUAUAUCAGAUGAAAUAUUUGUGCGAGAUCUUAUUAAUUCAUCAUACCUUGGAAAGUACAAAAGUGAAUUAAUAAUUAUUUUCUUAGAAGAAUACAAAAAAUGGAAAGUUACCUUGUAUAAUGAAAUUCAAAAACUCCUGCCGAAAGAUUCUCUCAUUCAAUUAUCACUUCAGUUAAGGGAAGAAUUUGAGCUAGAGAAACUAAAGAUUGAAUCUCGUGAAUUUGAAAGGCUUUGCAAUAUAAUUGAAGAAAAGUAUCAAAAUAAUGGAAAUUUGCGGAUGAAUAUACAAAGUAUAACAGUAUUUAAUUCAUACUCUAAUGAUUUGACUAGGAUUGAUAAUACUUUCUUUUUCAAACAUGAGCUUGAAAUAAUUGAACCAACACAACUUAAAAUAACGAUUUGUGAGACAUCAUUAGAUCAAUCAGAUAUCUUUCAUUUACAUAAUGAAGAGUUAUAUAUUCCAAAUCCAAUUUUGCUUUCUUAUAAUAAUUACAUUGGUCAAUAUGACGUUAAUUUUCAAAUUGAUCCUGCAAUUUACGAUUUCAGAAAAAUAGCCCAAUUUGAUAAUCGCAAAUUUCUUCUCGUGCUUUACAAUAAAAAAAACCAAAAAAUCGAAAUUUUCUUUGACACAGCUCAACGGCUAGCAAAUAAUUUCAGAUCAUAUUCAAUUAAAUAUUUUAAAACAUUGAAUACAGAUGAAAAUAUACUUAUUGCAAUUAAUGAGCCAAAAGAACUAAUCGCUAUAUAUGAUACAAAAAAAGUUUUGUUGAACGUAUACUCAUUUAGUGAUGAACAAAAAUAUUUAUAUGCUCGAAAUCCAAAUAUCCAGUUACUUCAAUGGUAUAAUAAUAUGGUCCCAAAUCUUCAACAUUUAUUUUUUAUUAAGGGUACCGAGGAUCUCUGCUUUGUUGAACAAUGUGGUAGGGCACGUAUUUUCAAUCUUGUUAAUAAGCAAUUUCGACCAGCGGUUUGUAGUUUUCCAUCAAAUACUGCAAAUGUUCUGAGUUCACCCGAUGGAUCAUGUAUUGUAGCGUUUGUAAAAGAAAGGUUAGAGUAUAAUAACCCUGAUAGCGUUACCGAAAUCAAGGAGAAUAAUGAGAUUAUGCAUGUAACUGGUAGUACACAUAAUUUUAAUAAUUCUGUCAAAGCCAACAUUAAAGAAAUAUGCCGUGCUUAUGUUUAUUUUUGCACAAAUUUUGGCGUUUCUGUUAAUAAAGUUGUUGACUUACCACCAUCCCUUCAAUUCUUGGAAUUCUUGCAAUUUACUUGUAUUAAUAAGUUACAAACUCACUUGAUGUCAAUUGAUUUACAAAAUGGAUGUUUUAGCUCCUCAAUAGUUAAAAUAACUCUCGAAAAAACUCAAUAUCGUUUCCAAAAACGAAUGCAAAAACAGUUAAUUGGACGUGUGAGAUUAAAUGAUACUAUUAUCGAAGGAGAGAAUACACGCUUUAAAGAAAUCGUUCAUAAAGGUGAAUUUAUAGUGUUAAUGGGAGAAAGAUUUAGUGUGAUGGAUGUUCUUUCUGACACAAAGUUAAAAAUUGCUGGUAACCUCAAUACUAUAAGUGGAUUUGAUAAUUGGAUGGAUUUCCGCAUUGAGCCAAAAUCAAAAUUAAAUGGUCUCAUUGAUGCUUAUAAAUUAAUGUUUGAGAAAUAUCCAGUUGAUAGUUGCGUAGAUCUUGAACAAAACUGUCCUCUUAAUUUGAAGAUAGUUCUUGAUAUUGAGAAUAAUGAUAAAAUAAAAGAAUAUGACGAGAAAUUUGAAGAAUACAUUUUUGAAAUCUUUAAAGAUCUAAAGAAUUCCACAAAAAAGCCCACAACACUCCUAAAAAAAUUCUCUACAUCAGUCAUUACUUUCAAGGAACUCGAUAUUAAAAUUGUAAAUUUUCAAAAGUGUUCAUCAGAAUAUAAAUUAGGAGAUUGGAUUAUUCAACUUUGUUGUUUAAUUCCUAUACAAAUUGCUGUAGCAAGAAAUAACUUGUUUCUACCUCUCCGGGAUGGAUUAUUUUCAAAUGUUGAAUUUGAUGGUUAUGGACAUGUGAAUAAUAUUGCAGAAAACAUUUCUUUUGGAUGGUAUGAAGGAAUUUUCAAACAUUUCGGUGAUAAAAAAGUUAAAGUUGUUUCUAGUAUGGGGGAACAAUCAUGCGGAAAAUCGUUCAUGCUAAAUCAUCUUGUUGGAACUUCUUUUGAUGGCUCAGCAAUGCGUUGCACUGAGGGAGUAUGGAUGUCAUUAGGUUUAAAUUCUCUUGAGAGAAGCGCUCAAGAAGACCUUUUUUUAACACUUUUCAAUACCAUCGUAUCAAAUCUCAUACUCUUUAAGAAUCAAUUUGCAGUAAAUCGAGAUAUUUCUUCAAUGUUCCAAAGAUUUCAGGACGGUGCAAUGUUAUUUGAAUCAGAUUUAAAAUUAUUUCAGGCAAAACUUUGCGUUAUCAUAAAAGAUGUGCCUAGAGCAGAUAGAGAAGGCAUUCUUCAAGAAUUUCAGUUAAAAUUUUCUCAAUUGGUUUCAGAGGAAGGUGAAGAUAAUUUCAUCUCAAGAAUGUAUCAAGGUGGAUUGGAUAUUAUUCCUUGGCCAAUGUUUAAUGAUGCUGCAUGGUUUAGGACAUUAUCAAAAUUGAAUAAUAGGCUAGAUAUGCAAAAGGCCAAAUAUGACAAUGCACGAACUUUCCUACAGAAUACAAAAGUACUUAUGGCUAAAUUAAAGAUUUGUGAUUGGGGAUCGUUAGAUGAAAACCUCAUACAAAUCCGUGUUGUAACAUUAAAAAGAUUACUAAUAACUGUCAUUUCUUAUGGGUUGGAACAAAAUGACUCUGAAAUUGAACAACUUAUGAAUCACGACACCGGAACACCGAUUGAUGACCCGAUUGUCAAAUUUUCUGAUAUUUUACAAGACUUCAAAGAUUCCGAUCAAAUAUUACCGGAUUCUGGUCUCCAAUUAUACGGUGGUUAUGAAUCAUUUGUCAAACUUUCUGAAGAUUUAAUUGCUUACUUUGAAGGAAAAGUUCAACAACGAAAAGACUCAUCUGAUGAUGCCAAAUGGUUCGCCAACUUAAAUAGAUUCAUUAAAUAUAUUGUUGAUCGUCGAGUAUUACGUGUUCAAGAUUGGUAUUUGCAAAAUACUGACAAGUUCGCUCAGCAAAAUAAACAAAACGGUGACAUUGUUAACGGAAAGUAUGCAAUGGAGCAAGAAAUAAGCAAACUUAUAAUUUUAUGGACAUUGUGUGGUUUAACGUGUCAUCAAUGUGGUUUAAAAUGUGUUAAAAGUCGUGAUCACGAAGAGAAUCAUGAUUGCUUAACGGAUCAUAAGUGUAAAUUUCUUUGCCACUUCACUGAAGUUCACAACGAAUCAUCAAUUCCAACAUGUAGUUAUAUAGCUGGACAUGAAGGUAAACAUGCUUGCAAUGAAGCGAAUCAUUUGUGUGGUAAAUCAUGUAGUCUUAUCGAUAAGCGUAAUUGCCAACAAGUUUGCUCAAAAGAAAUCGGACAUGUUGAUGAGCAUAUGUGUCAAUCAUCACGUCAUUAUUGUGGAGAAGCAUGUUCAUUAUCAACGACAACUCAGAAAGGAAAUUAUCAUUGUCUUAAUAAAUGCAUUAUACCAUAUGAAGAAGAACAUGAUUUACAUCAUUGUGAAAAUGAAACGUGCCCAAUUCAAUGUCCAAUUUUAGAUUGUCAGAGAAAAUGUCAAAGCAAUGAACAUUUCCACUCUAAUUCUAAUUCGCAAGUAGAUCAUUUUUGUGGAAAUGAACAUCAAUGUCGAGAAUUAUGCGAAGAAGCUGGUAUAUGCAAAGUAAUAGUCGAACCAAAGAAGCAAGAGGAGGUUUAUAAAGGGUUAAUUGCAGAAACUUCUAUUGCAUUUACUAAGUAUAUUCAAUUAAGUGAAAGGUUGAGGUGUAACAAAAGAAUUCCUCCAAAUGAGUUUAAUCAUACUGGAAAGCAUAUGCAUCAUUCAAACGAUGACCUUACACAAGAUGGUUUUCAUUUUUGUGAUGUAAAAUGUCAAUUCUGUGAAUAUUUUUGUACAUUACCAUAUGGGCACCCACAAAUUCAUAGCACAACACAUGGAAAUAUGAUACAAACUGAGUUCACUAGUGAAGAUAAUGAAUUUGAAUAUGCAGGGCAUAAAUUAAGAGUUGGUGAUCAAGGAACUUUUGUUCUUUGUAAUUUGUUUUGUAAAGAUUCAGGAAGACACCGUCAUAUUAGUUAUUGUCAAAAUAAAGAAAUUUGUCAAGGACAAGAUAUACAGCAUAUUGAUGGACAAGUACAACCUAAUCCUAGCAGACCAAAAGAUUUUAUUUCUCACAAAUUAUUCUGGGAACGAACGGGUUUUAAAGAUCCUUAUUCUGCUCAAGAACAACAAGAAUUUGCGAAAUGUGAUCAUGAAUGUCCUGAUGAAAAGCAUCAUACUUCUAAGGGGACUGCAAGCGAAUCACUAACUAAAUCAUUUUGUGAAUUAUCACUUUUUCAUGCUACGCUUGAUUCACAUUCUAAUCCUCCUAAUGAUAAUGGAUACAUAUCCUUGGAUGGGCAUCAUUUUAACUGUGAGAAUCCAAGUACACGUGAAGCCGCUUUUCAUAUUAUCUUUGUCUUGGAUCGUUCAGCUUCUAUGGGAGAUCAAGAUAGAAAACCAAUUCUAGACUAUACAAUUUACAAUAUUUUAAAGUUCUGGAAUCAUAAUAAUAGGCUUGGCGCGGUAUAUCAUGCGGUUAUCGUUCCGUUUGAGAAUCAAGAUCUAACUGAUCCGAUGAAAUUGUUAAAUAAAAUGAUUGAACACCAACCUGAAGGUGGAACGCGUUUCACACUCGCAAUUCAGAAAGCAGGAUCUUUGAUUUCAUCUUACCAUGAUCCUUCAAGAACAAAUAUUAUUAUCUUUUUAUCUGAUGGAGAAUGCAACAUACCAACAAGUCAGCUUCAUGAUAUCUGUAAAGAAAAUCAAACAAGAAGAUCCCCAUUAUAUCUCUAUACAGUAUUAUUUAGCAACGACUCAAACAGUUCCUCCUUAGAAGAAAUGGCGAAGAUCGUGCAAUCUUAUCACACUAAUGAUAUAUCAUCCGGUGGUUUGCGCUGUCAAUUUACUCGAGCCAUCAAUGAGAUUAAUUUAGUAAAUCACUUUACUAGCGUUGCUGAAAGUUUAAGGAAACAUAAGCCAACUUUGUUAAAGAAGGAUCCUAUUUUAUAA